AAAGGAAGAAUUGGAUUUGAUUGUUAUUUUUCGAGAACCUAUGCGCUCCUUUAUCAAGUCACAAAAACACCUAGCUUGACAGCAUCGAUGUUUAUCAAUGAUCAGCGACUAGUGAAACCAUUAUUUUUAUCCGUAUAGUGAUGGAACCGAAUUUCCUGAUGCAGCAACUUAUACUGCAUAUCAACAAACAGGCGGUAAAUUAAACAAAGGUGACUGGCGUCGUUCGAAUGUGAAUACUUUAAUUAAAACAAUGUAUACAAGAAUGCAUGCUAUUCGACCAAAAGUUAAAUUUGGUAUUUCACCAUUCGGUAUUUGGAAAAAUGGUGUACCAGCAGGUAUAACUGGUCUUUCAUCUUAUGAUAGUUUAUAUUGUGAUACACAAAUGUGGUUAGAGCAAGGAUUAAUUGAUUACAUGACACCUCAACUUUAUUGGCAAAUUGAUCCACCAGCACAAUCUUAUCCUGUUCUUCUGAACUGGUGGAUACAACAAUCAAAAAAAGGUCGUCAUGUUUAUCCUGGUAAUGCAGUUUAUCGAAUUCUUCCCACUGGUCUUAAUUGGCCAGUAAGUGAAAUUGUUCGACAGGUUAAUAUAACUCGAUCUAUGCGUGAUCGUUUGGCAUUGGGAAAUGUAUUUUAUUCAGUAAAACAAAUAAUUCAAAAUGUGAAAGGUAUUCAAACUGAACUUGCUACACUUUAUAAACAAAAAGCUAAAGUCCCGAAGAUGAACUGGCUUUAA